AUGGCCACAGGACAAAAUGCCGACCAUGAGCUUACUGGAGGGUUAAAGAAAUGGAACACGCCCCAGAUACAUUUCCGAGGAGAGCCCCUUGCUUAUCUGAUUGGCAGGAAUGAAUCGCCUUGGGACACUUUCAAAACAAUAUUCACCUGCGAUCUUGCUGGUAGGGUUUCCAUAGCUGCUUGCCGUACCCAUCCAUCACAAUUAAGGGCUAUACGGACUUUCAAGAAAGAAGAAUCAAAAGAGAUGCUGGAGAAGUUUAAACAUAUUCGACAUGAAAAUGUUCUUCUCGCCCGAGAAUACUAUGAUCAUGAGGAUUCCGUCUAUUUUGUGUUUGACGAUCUUCCCCUCACCUUGAAACAUGUGAUAGGCUCUGAUUAUUAUCCGUGUGAUGCUGAAGUGUCAUGCAUUAAGAAGAUUCUUAGUGGAUUGUCCUUCCUACGGGCUUGUGGAUAUGACCAUCCGUUUCUUACCUGCUCCUAUAUUCUGCUGGGAAUGGACGGCACUAUACAAAUAGCGGGACUAGAGGGAUGUGAGAACAGGAGCACUCUAUCCCAUUUUGGUUCUAUCGAAGCAGUUGCAUCUAUAACCAUCUUGCUUAUGCAAAAGUAUAAGAAGCCAGACGGUACAAAGGAUAUCGACAACCUUGAUUGUUGGUCUAUAGAUUCCCAAGCCUUUCAGUUUCUACAGAGAACAGAUACCGCUAGCUCCAUUGAUGAAUUAAAGGAGUAUAUUCUCGAGACCUUGACACCUCCAAAAGUGAUUCUAGCUGGAUUAGCUCGUUUUGUCCUGAUAUCUGCUCGUACUUCCUACUCUUAUGAGGCUUAGCCGUGGACUAUCGCUUGCGAAAGCCAUUUUCAACUGUUACGUAUGUUUACCAAUAAACUCAAAUCGAGCUGCAUGCAGCCUGGUACAGUGGGAAAUUGCUUGACUCAGAUUGGCAUUUAUAUCAUGUGCGAAGACUUACCACGUGCUAUUAUAUGUAAUGAAAGUUCGUUGCACAAUCCAAUGAACGUCUACGUCACGUGACGAUCCUUAACACGCACUAUUACAUAAAGUUUGUUGCACUUCCUAUGAACUUAAUUGCCUAUGAGGAAUGAUGGUAGUCUGAGAUGGCAUACUCUUACUAGGGCGGUAU